ACAGCAAAAUCUUUUACCGAUCCUCGGCGAAGAGGUAAGUAAGGACAACUCAUCUGCUGUAAAAGUGCAUAAAGAGUUUUCAUUUCGUCUUAGAAGUAGUUUAAAGGGCUGUAGCUAAAAACGCCGAAAUGAUAGACGGCCAGUCUUUUUUUUGACCCAGGUUAUUUUCUUUUUCCUACACCCCAACAGAAUUUUACGAGGUUAAUAAACAAUUUCCCAGAAAAAAGGGAUCUUUCUGCAAAGAAAAUUAAACAUAGAUUAAUAUUUUUUGAACAACUUUUAUCUGAAGUUAUAGUUAGUCGAGUUAGUCGAGCUCAGGAUUGCUGUUGUUUGCUAGUUUUGCCUCUUCAAACAAUCAACAAAAUAAGUGCGAUGGUUUAAAGAAAGUCUUUCUACACACAUUUUUUGAACGAUUUGCUUUAGCAAUAUUACAUGGACAUUUUCGUAGCUGUCGUCACCGAUCAAAAUUCAAACAGUCAGCGAGAGAAUUGACACCAAAUUGAGUGAAACAUAAAAACGCAAACGACUGAUCAAAACGUUGAAAAUAAGUUGUAAUAACACAGUAUGGUCCAGUGAAGGCACCGAUGGACAGACUUAAAGGAUACUGAGAGUAUUGCAAUUGUCUUUUGUUUUGUUCUUUUUUUUCCACACUUGUUAGCCUAACAGUUUUUCAGAAUUUAUUUUUGUUGUUAAUUUGUAACUUUUGAUAUAAGACAUAUAAUGCAUGGGGAGCAUAUUUGUUUGACCAGCUGCGAUUUUGUCAUUCACAAGUAACUUCUCCACUUCCUUAGCGAAUUAGGAAGCGAAGUUGGUAUAUUUUGAAGAGAUUGUGUUUACUAUCCACAGUAACGGAUCCAGGGGAGGGGCCCGAGGGGUCCGCUCCCCCCUAUUUUUUUGAGACACCCCCCUUCCCCCUUAUCUGAAGGUCUGGAUGUGCCACUGAUCCAGUCGUGUCAUGCACAGCUCCAUUAUAACCUUCUCACUGUUUUACUUUUAAAGGCAUGAUGGCCAGACAAACUAUACGUUUCUCUAUUUUUCUUGUCUUGGGUGACAUGCUCAUCAACGACGGGAUAAUGGCUCUGAGACAGCAUUGUAAUGUCGGUACAUCUGUCUAUGGCUGGAUGUUACAGGGACAUACCUAUAAAACCGUCAAUGCUGAACUCCCUCAUCUGUGCGUGUUUGUAUGUCGCAAAGACGAUCGAUGUCAAAGUUUCAAUUUUGUUAUGCCCCACCAAAGGUGUGAGUUCAACAACCGCACCAGUAAAGCCAAGCCUGGAGAUUUCAUCUCAAGUCCUGACAGACUAUACUUCACGCGAGGCAUUAGCCGAGGUAAAUUUAGUGUUUUUCUAUUGACAUGGUCAACACAAAACAAGAAUGGUUUCAAUAAUUUGCCAUUUUCUACCUGCGAUAUAUUCUCUGUUUAUGUAUUGUCCCAUGGCCUUUUAUACCUUUGGUAGCACAGAAUUUAUGCAAAAAAAUUGUAAAUCACUUAGCUGUUUUCGUCUUUUGUAAUUGCCCGAUAACCUGCUUUGUAACUAACUGCCUAAUAAUCUCGAUUACAAUGGAAAAUUAUCAACCCAGCUAGACGAGAUCACGCCAUAGCGAAAGCGCAGGGCGGUUUUUAAACUGAUUCAGACGGGGGGGUGGGAUUUAGAGUUGAAUAAUUUUAAAACUGUCCAAGUUAUGACCGUCAAACUUGGCGAAUAUUCCUUUAAAUUCAGCUCGGAACAUUUUGAAGUCAUUGUGACUUGUACGUUUUUACGUUUACGUUGACGUUACUGUGGCAACCGAGUUUUAACAGUUAUGUUUUUCUUUUUUUUUUCUAUUACAAAACGUUUUUGAUUUAUUCUUUUUUACUUAUUGAAUCGCAUUAUGUGAUUUAUUAAGAUUUAUUAUAACUGUUAAUGUAAUCAAAGUCUUUAAGUGACUAAUUUGAGAAAAAGAAAACAUGAAUUUAAAAUGUUCAUUUCUUUCGGAAUUUGAAUAACUUGCAAUUUUUUUUGUUGCUUUCCAAGCAUUCUCACACAGAGAUCAAAUUUUAAGUCAUGAUUACCUCGAUUUAAACAGGUUUUGAGUAAAAUGGAGCACAUUCAAUAAUUAAUUCAAAAUAGUGGAUCCAAGAUGGCGAAUGGUUCCAGUUCCUUCUUUAAUGAUAAUUGACGUCAUCGUCCUAUCACUGCUAUCGUUAAAGAUAAUUAUUUGACAGAGAUUACAGAGAUUUACUGAUAAUGAAACACUUUUUGGUUUAGUCCCCCUUGGCUCACUUCCUGAACUACCCGCUGAGACUUGCAAAGAAAUCAAGGCUAGUGAAGGAGAGAAAGCUGUCAGUGGGAAAUAUUGGUUUGAUUCCAUUAAACCUGGAAAUGUUCUGCUGGCCUACUGCAACAUGAGCACGGAAGGUGAGUUUAACUAGUGAAUAAAUGAAUUAACAUGAAUGAAUGAAUGAAUGAAUGGAUGAAUGAAGGGAUGGAUGAAGAGAUGGAUGGAUGGAUGGAUGAACGAGUUACCUGUUGAUCUAUUAAGUUCAUAUUCCUUAUUAAAAAAUAGUUUUUAUUUUCUAGAUAUAGACGAGUGUAACGCCUCAAAGCAGUUGUGUGAUCCCAAUGCUAAGUGUAUCAAUACCCACAGUUCGUACUAUUGCUCCUGUUUCAGUGGCUUUUCUGGUGAUGGUAAGACUUGCGAAGGUAAGUACAAUUAUUCACCAUAAAGACAACAACAAUAACAAUAGCAGCAAUAACAACAACAACAAUUUUAUUUGUUUCAAACUCUUUGUUACAAAAAUAAAUUCAUACACGAUAUAAAUCUCCUCGAAACACAUCUUUUUAGAGAUAAGCAGCAAAGUCAGGGCUUUCUAUGUACUUUUCAAAACGAUUACUUCGACCUUGUGAUUAUAACGAUAUAUCUAAUAGAAUUUAAUUACCUUCAUCUUCUUUUAAAUGUGGAUUUGCGCAAAUUUGCUCCUUGCAAGUAUGUCGCAAAUAUGUAAAUACUGAUAAGUAAAUAGACAAACAUGGUAAAUGCCACCUUUGCGUAGUCAUUUAAACCCUCGUCUUUUGGUAUGCAAAUGUGCAUGGCAUUUACCAUGUUUGCCAUCUAUUUACUUCUCAGUAUACAUAUUUGCGACAUCUUUGUAAGGAGCAAAUCCCUUUUUUUUUUUCGUGCAGUAUGUCUAGUCCAAGAUUCUUCUAACACAGACAAAUAAUAUAUGAAAGCUAAGAAUAAAUAUGCCUAGAUGAAAGGCCCUAGUAUUAAACCGUUCAAAUGAGUUUUCUUGCAGUACAUGUCAGACACUUAGCUGCAUUAAGGCUCGAUUUCCGCCGCCUCCCCCCACCCCCCUGUUCGAUCUUUGGUCCUCCUCGAACUGAGUUGGGAGGGGCGGAUAAGUGUGGGCUCAUGCUCAUUUUUCCCGAAAAGCGGCUGGUAAUCGAGCCUAUUGGUGGUUUGCAAGUGACGUCACGGCGGCCAUGUUGGUGGUCAAGAACAAAAUCAUUUCUCUCCUCUGGGAAUUUAACUCUAUUUUCAUGUAAAUUCUUCGAAAAAGUAUUCUAUUGUAUUGACCGCCAACAUGGCCGCCUUAUCACGUGGUUGCCAACUACUAGAUCUUGUUAAAAAAUGGAUAGAAUAUUCAUGAUAUUUAUCAGACCUUAAUACAAAAUAUGACUGUUUUAUGUAGAUAUAGACGAGUGUACAGCCUCUGUGCGGUUUUGUAAUCUCAAUGCUAACUGCGUCAAUACCGACGGUUCGUACUACUGCUCUUGUUUCAGUGGUUUUUAUGGUGAUGGUAAAAAUUGCGAAGGUAGGCAGAAUUUUUUCAUGCAGCAUUAAGUGACAAUUAAAGCUCUUAGAAACAUCUUCAUUUUUAGCGAUAAGCGGCAAAGUAAACUUUCGAUGUACUUUCAACACACUCGGUUACUUUGAUGUUUUGAUUCUGUUAUCAUGUUGAUUCUAGGAUCUCUAGUUUAAUCGGAUUUUAACAGAGCGUCAGUUCGGUAGAUCCUGUAAUAAAGCUACUUUGCUGAAACGAAAGACCUUUUAAAUUUUCAGUUUAGCAAAUUUUGAGGUAAAAAAGCAAAAAAAGCUAUCAGAACAUCUUGGGCAAGCCCUGAUAAAGUGCUUAAGGUGGCUGAACACAGUUUUGGCAGUUUGUGAGUAUAUGUCAUUUACCAAAUCAUGACAAGAGAAAGGUUGUAGCUCACAAGCUGAAACUUGGCAAGUGAAAAAUAUACUGAUGAAAAAUUUUGAUUGUCCGGUAAAAUUUGACGUUUUUGUAGUUUCCAUGGCAACACCAACGAUUGAAUACAACCUUAAAAUUUCACUUUUGUUCAGUUUACAAAAAAUUCGCUCAUUAGAUUUUCCUAUAAACUUGCACACAAUUUGACCAAAUUUUAGCAGACGGGUUUUUAGAUAAUAAUAUAAUUGUACUGUAAUUAUUAAAUGUGUCACAAAAAUCGUCUGUUCAGUCAUCUUCCAUUUUAAAGUUCUCAUUAUUUAAAAUACGAUAAAAGUAAAAAUUCUGCUAAAUAUCACAAAAUUUUAGUGAGCAGAUUUUGAGAAAUCGUCUCCUGUGUACAAUCACUUUUUUCACCGCCAUGUUUGUUUGUCUAAUUAAAACAUGCGCCGUCACGCAAGUUACCGCUAACCAACUGCAAAACUGUGUUCAGCCACCUUUAAAAGGGCCUCUUUACAUGACGAUGAGGGACCCCAGAUAGAUGCAGGAAACAUGUGGCGGGUCACCCCACCUAUCAAGUAAACGUGAUUAAAUUAAAAUGAGAGAUUAUUUGGACAGGUGGGUUACCCCACUAAAGAGAAUUACCUCGCUUACCUGGGGUACCCCACAUGCAUGAGAUGCGGGACCAAACAAAAAAAAAGAUGUAGCGCGGCUUAGAAUGCAAAGAAAAAACCUUAAAAGCACUUGAUUAAGAGCACUGAGAGGUAAAAGAAACCUGUCUUUUGGAGCCUUUGUUAAAUGAAACAGCACCUUUAAGACUGAAACAAUAUUAAGUUUGCUUUACUGUCAAUAUCACGCAGACAUAGAUGAGUGUUCAAGUGGAAGUCAUAAUUGUGACAGUGAUGAGAGAGCAACCUGUACAAAUACUAUUGGUUCAUAUUUGUGUUCAUGCAAAGAAGGUUAUGAAGGAGAUGGAAGGACUUGCAGUCUUCCAACAGGUAAACGGAUGACGUUUUUAAUGAAUGCAUAAGAUGAGAUCUACGUUAGAAUAUCAUAGAAAUGGUGUCAGUUUAAGUUUUUAUAGUGGAAAGUAGCGAAUUGAAUAGUAUCAAUCGCAGGGUGGGGGUAUAGUCGCUAAUGGCCUUAUAUGCGGUGAGGUUCCACUUCGGGUAAUAUGAAAGGGUAAUAAGAAACUCAUUUGUUGAGGUAUAUGAAAAGCGAGGGUAAUCCGUCAUGUCGGUCUGCAAAGGAAGUAAAAUCAGGGCUAAUAAAGAUGCAUCUUGGGCUGUAAAAAGGACAAGAAAACAUGGUUCAUUGUGGUUUAUUCGUAUCAAAGACGCGGUACAUUUACAGUACUUAAGAGGAAUGCAAAGCUCUGACUUGCGGGCAUAUAAUGGACGGGGUACCAUUUUUCAGUAGACGGUAUAUGAAACGGGUCUACACCUUUUCUGUCAAAAAUGGUAAAUGUUGUAUGAGAGGGUAAGAGUACUCUCUCCCCGAGUAUCUCUUCAGAGUUUCUCCCUCUGACCCGACACGUAAAAAGUAUUCGACUAUCUACCUUGGCAAAGUCUGUGUAUGCCGUAAAUAAAAUGGUUUCGGUUGAACAGUGUAUAAAUUUUCAAUGAGGUAAGGAUCUAUUGUAAUAUUAUAUUAUUUGCGACGUAAUUUACCCCAAUCCAGACCGCAUGCAGUCUUGAUUUUUUUUAAAAGUCAUUUGCAGUUCUCCCCCAAAAAAAAAAAAAAAACAAACUGAAAACUGUCACGAAUAUUUUUCUUUACAUGAAUCAUGAUUUGUAAGGUUUCUUUAAUUAUUUUUACCUAGAAUGUAAAAACUACAAUACAAUGCCCGGCGGAUAUGGGAGGAAAGUCACCUACUCUUCAGGCUCUAAGUGUGAUAGUCAACUAUCUCAGGGGUGGUACCGCUUACGUGAAGAUGCGGGGACAAAAAUGGCAACGUCUUGUGUUCAAGAAAAUAGAUGCAAUACAGAUCACACGGGUUGGUUAGACGGCGAUCAUCCUACUGUGGCAGAAGGUCAAGUCACCAGGCGGGUCUGUUUUCGCAAAAACUCAAACUGCUGUAAAUGGUCCAUCAACAUUAAAGUUCGAAAUUGUGGGGACUACUUUGUUUAUUUUCUCAAUGGAACACCUAAUUCUAAAUGCAAUCUCCGAUACUGCACCACUGACUAA